CUUGAAAAAGAUCAAUCGAGGAAGAGAUAGAAGAAAAGUUGUAUGGAUUACAAUAGUCUUCCAUUAUUUGAGACAAGAGGAAGGAGAUGGAAGUGGGCAUACAAGUUGUUUUCUGCCACAGUUUUCAUGGCCAUCUGCUUCAUAUGGAUUUACAGGUUCAGAAACAUUAUCUCAUCAGAAAGGAAAGAAGAAGAAGAAGGAGGAGGAAGAAGAAGACGGGCGGCGGCGUGGAUGGGGAUGCUGGUGUCGGAGGUUAUGUUGGGUGUUUAUUGGAUCUUCACGCAGUCCGUUCGUUGGAGUGUAGUUUACCACUCUCCCUUCAUUCAUACCCUCUCUCUCAGGUACGAGGAGAAGUUGCCAGGAGUGGACAUUUUCGUGUGCACAGCAGACGCCAAGUUGGAGCCGCCAUUGCUGGUGAUCAACACCGUCUUAUCGGUACUGGCUUACAACUACCCGCCGGAGAAGAUGAGCGUUUACCUGUCCGACGACGGAGGCUCGGAGAUUGUUUUCUACGCGCUUCUGGAAGCUUCUAGAUUCUGCAGAUGUUGGAUCCCCUUCUGCCACAAGUUUAAGGUGGAGCCAAGAUCCCCUGAUGCCUACUUUGCCCAACACAAUGACAAAGACAAAGUUGUGUUUUCACAAGAUUGGGCCAAUACUAAGAAAUUGUAUGAAGAAAUGAGAAGCAGAAUUGAGGAAGCCAUGGAGAGUGGUAUAGUCCCAGAUGAAAUAAAGAAGCAGCACAAGGGGUUCUCAGAAUGGAACAAAAAUACCACAAAAAAUGACCACCACUCAAUUGUUAAGAUUCUAAUCGAUGGGAGGGACCGAAAAGAGGUGGAUGCGUGUGGGAAUCAAUUGCCAACCCUUGUUUACUUGUCGCGCGAGAAGAAGCCCCAUAAACCCCACAACUUCAAGGCGGGAUCAAUGAAUGCAUUGAUAAGGGUAUCUGCGGAAAUCAGCAACGCCCCAAUCAUCCUCAACUUGGACUGUGACAUGUACUCAAACAACGCAGACUCAGUCAGAGAGGCAUUGUGCUUUUUCAUGGAUGAAGAACGAGGGCACCAGAUUUCUUAUGUGCAGUACCCUCAACACUAUGCUAACAUCACCAAGAAUGAUUUGUAUGGAAAUGCAGGCCGCGUAACCCAUGAAAUUGAACUUGCUGGUUUGGGUGGUGUUGGAGCGGCUCUGUACUGUGGAACCGGAUGCUUCCACAGAAGAGCAAGCCUAUGUGGGAAGAAGUACUCUAAAGAGCUUAGAUUUGACAAUGAGUUUCGUGGUGGCAUGGAGAAGAGCAUUGAAGAGUUGGAAGAGGCAGCUAAGUGUGUUGCAAAUUGCAGCUAUGAAGAGGGUACCCAAUGGGGAAAACAUAUGGGGCUUGUGUAUGGAUGUCCAGUGGAAGACAUAGUCACAGGGUUAACUAUCCAAUGCAGAGGAUGGAAAUCUGUGUACUAUAAUCCCAGAAACGCCCCCGCGUUUCUGGGCAUGGCUCCUAUAACAUUUGAAGCCGCUCUCGUACAACACAAAAGAUGGUCUGAGGGCAUGUUUCAGAUUUUCAUCUCCAAGUACUGCCCCUUCAUAUAUGGGUACAGGAAAAUAAAAUUGGCUGCUCAAAUGGGAUAUUGCUGCUACCUUCUUUGGGCACCCAUCUCCGUUCCCGUGCUCUACUAUGUGACUGUUCCUCCCCUUUGCUUGCUUCACAACAUCUCCUUAUUUCCUAAGGUAACAAGCAUUUGGUUCGUGCCUUUCGCGUACAUGUUUGCUGCAAGGAACGGGUUUGGACUGGUAGAAUCAUUGAGCUGCGGCGAGACACUCAAGUCGUGGUGGAACUUGCAAAGAAUGUGGCUGGUUCGGAGGACAACCUCGUACUUGUUUGCAUUCUUUGACGCGACUGGCAGACAACUUGGGUUCUCAGGAACAACAGCUGCAUUCACUCUCACUGCCAAGGCAGCAGAGACCAGCCAAGUUCAGAGGAGGUACGAGGAGGAGAUCAUGGAGUUUGGGAGCGCGUCGCGGUCCAUUUUUUUCACCUUCAUAUCCACACUGGCACUGCUGAACCUGCUGAGUUUUGCGACAAAACUCGCGUUUCCCCUGCAGUUCCUCCCACAGGUGGCUCUCAGUGGGGUGAUAGUGAUGGUGAAUCUGCCUGUUUAUGACGCGCUCUUUCGCCGGAAAGAUAGUGGAAGCUUGUCGUCGUCUGUUCUGAUUAGGUCCAUGCUUGCACUGCCCCUGCUCUAUUUGUUGCCUAUCUUCUAAUAGCUGCCUGAAAAUUUCACUCAAAAUAACCAGCAUGGAAGUGGUGGCAUGGAACCUGUACUAGACUUGUGUGUAAAUUGUAUUUUACACACAUAAAUACAGUGAGAUUUUUGCAAUCUUUUUGACCAUUUGCUCAUUGUUAUCCUUAUCCACUUAUCACUCUACUAAGUAGUGCUCAUCUCUUUUGUGUUUAGAAGUGACAAUGACUUGGGGUU